AUGUCUACGAUCUCUAUCGUUCUCGCCCUUUUGCUCACCACCUCCACCCACGCCACUCCCCUUUCGACUUCAACUUUGGAACCAACCAAGGUUACAGUCAUGGCCACCGCCACCCUCGCUGCCCGUCAAGCAGAGACUUUGCUCCCUUGGACGCCGGCCUGGACCGACCCUGCGUGGACUACCCCUUCGCCUUCCGGGUUGACUUCUCUGGAGAAGUCGACCUCGCUUGAGGGCGGUGUGCUUGUUGCUAUCAUCAUCGGUAGCUUGUUGGCUUUUGGUCUUUUGGGUUGUGUUAUACACUGGUAUCGGCGCGGUUCGAGCGGCUCUUGUUGUCGUCGUCGUACUCGCAUCAAGGUUGUGCCUUGUGUGGAGCGCGACGCUGGGUUGAAUGUCGCGGCGGCUGCGCGCACAGUUCGCCAGCCCAAGGGUGUGCAUAUUGCAGCGCCUCGUGAUGAUUCUGAGUAUGGUCCUUAUGUGACGUGGACGCGUGGAAAGGGGUUUACACAGAUUUGA